AAAGACCCAAACGAAGAAGAAGAAAAGGGGGGAAACUGCACGCGGCGGCGGCAUCCACCGCCGAAUGCACCCCCAAAACCAAAUCCCUCCACCAAAACCCCAAUCCCCAUCUCCAUCCCCAUCCCCAUGGCGACCGGGUCGCGUGCGCCGCGACGCCGCCGCCCCCGCUCGCCGCUGACGCUGAUCGACGACCUCGUGCGCGAGAUCUUCCUGCGCGUACCCGUGGACGACCCCGUGACCCUCGUCCGCGGCGCCGCCGGCUGCAGGAGCUGGCGCAGCAUGCUGUCCGCCCCCAACUUCGCCCGCGACUACCGCAAGGCCCGCAGUGCGGCGCCCGUGCUGGGCUUCCUCCACAACACCACCAGCGAACCGGAGGAUCGCUUCGCCUCCUCACACUUCGUCUCCACCGCGGCCUUCCGCUUCCGCCCGCCGGCGUACGAGGACCUCUCGCGCUGGGACGUCCUCGACUCCCGCCAUGGCCUCGCCCUCCUCCACGCCCCCAAGAGCAAGAGGAACAAGGGCUUCGUUGUCUGCGACCUCGUCACCAGCCAGCGGUGGAAAUUCGGCGACCCCGAGUGCUACAACGUCAUGUGGUGGCCGCACGGCGAUCACAUGGACAAGCGCAUACGCUGUAGUGCCACGGUGCUCUGCGCCAAGGCCCAAUGUGACCAGCUCGACUGCCAUGGCGAUGGCGGCCCUUUCCGCGUCGCCUUGGUGGGCACCGACUAUAGAAACUUGAGAUCCCACGCCACCGUCUACUCAUCAGAGACUCGUGAGUGGAGGGACACCAUCUCUGUUCACAACCUGGAUUUCGUCAAUGGCAGGGGGAACAGUGCUGUUGUGGGAAAUAAGGUCUAUGUCCAAUGUGUAGAGAGUGACAAAGUCGUGGAGUACAACACGCAUGAGCAAAAACUAUCUCUGAUCACCCUGCCAUUCGAGGACCAGGAGGGGAUCGACGAGAGCAUUGACCUCAUGGGGGUGGACGACGGCAGUCUGCUGUUUGCAUCCGUGCUGAAGGCUAAACUCUGCCUAUGGACUAUGGAGGCUGGUCCCGGCGGAGCUGCGGGGUGGGCGCGGCGCUGGGCCAUCGAGCUCAAACCAUCGCUCCCUGCUCGUUUCCUCACAGACAGGGCAAAUACGCUGGUUGGCUUUGCUGAAGGUGUUGGUGUCAUCUUCCUGAGUACAAGGGCGGGGCUGUACGCAAUUGAGCUCAAUUCAGGCAAAGGCAACAAGGUUCACAAAGGGUUCUUCGAUAAGGUCAUACCCUACAGGAGCUUCUGCACUAGAGCAAUAGGGGGGCUGGCCGACCUCGCACGCGCAGUUAGCCGGCGUACAGGAGCUUCUGUACUAGAGCAAUAGGGUGGUUGCCCGGCCUCUGAUGAAGCUUCACGCGCAGUUGUUGGUGCUAGAAGGAUAUAACUAAAUGGCGUCAGGACCUGGGUUUACUGUUUGCUGCCCAGGAAGAAUUUGAAGUGAACUUGAGCCUCAUUUGCUGUUGGUUGUGUUGAACAGUUUGGUUAGGGUGGAUGCGCUUUUGUUCCAUUUCUGCUUGUGCGAAAAACUUGAGUCCUUUCGUCCGAGUUGGGUGGAACGCAAACUGACUAUGAGGAGAAAUUUUGGUGAUCCGCUGACGGUUUUGUGGCAUGAAUUGUUGCAAAUUUCUUCUUCCCUAUCUCUGGCUGAUAGAGAUGAUAUUAUUGCCUUGAAAAUGCACUAUUCUGGGAUUUACGGUGUA